UUGCCAAAAAAAAAGGGGGUGCCUUAAAAGCAGGAGGUCUUUUACAGUUAAUGAGAACGUGCCAGUGAUAAGAAAAUAAUAAUAGUGUUGCUCACGCAAUCUCUCUGCAUAGCAACACCAAUCCAGUUCGGCUUGGCAAACUGUAAGUUGUCGAAUGGCUAACCCAGUGGUUUGUCAGCCAGCCUUUUGACGACGCCAGAUUACGUUUACUUUGUGAACUGACUCUUAUCCUCUCUUUAUUUUUUCAAAAUCAGUUGAGCCGAUCUUCUGACCAUUCUAACAACUGGAACAUGACCGCUAAUGGCGACGACUCUAGCAGUGCUGGCGGCAAAACCGAUAUCUUUUCAGAAAGUUCUUCUAUCAGUCCGCCCAACACUCCGGGACCCAGUGCUGCCGUUCCCCCAAUCAACUAUGUAGGCGAGCAAAAUUGGUCCUCGUUCUUAUCCACCUCGCAAAAAUCGCUAUUUGAUCUGCCUUCUCCUGACACCCAGUACGAACCUAAAUUUGCUAACUUGGCACAACAACAACAACGACGUACUAGUGUAGAAAAUAUUUGGAAUACUAGCUCCCAACAGCCGAAAACAUCUUCCAUUUGGUCGGAAGGUCUCCCUAAGCAGGGUUUGGCUCCCGUUCUGCAAGAUUCGGCCUUCAGUAAAGACCCGCCGUUCAGAACUUACCGUAGUUUUUCGCAAGCCGUCCCAAAUUCCGCCAAGCGGGAACCAAUGUACCAGAACUCGCUACCAAUGACUUCCGAGGAAGAAGAAGUCGAAUACAACAACAGUUCUAUUCGAUCCAUGUCGUCUGGUGCUGUCCUGGGAGGUAUUCUGGAUUACCCCAAGUCGUCACCAAAUACAAUCUGGAGCCCUGUGCCACAUGUGCAACGUGACUCAAGAUUCAGCGACAUGCACCCACAUUUUGCAGAACAACCUGCUUAUCUUGACAAUAGUUCUAUGGACCCGUUAAGACGAUUUUCUACUGUCUCUGAGAAUUUGGAUAUGUACAAGUCAACGAAUUUCCUCGACAGUGCCUACGCAAUAGCAGCCAAUCAAAGACGCCAUUCCGUUGCAGGAACCUUGAACAAAGGUCCAAAAGACGUUAACAGCAUGCGCCAAUCAUUCAAUGACCUUGGCUUAGAAGACCAUAGUGUGCCUUAUCCGUCUGCUGCCAAUCCGAACUCUUUAAUGGCUCCUAGUCAGCACGAUAUGGUUGCCAUUAACGAAUACUUUGAUGACCGCCGUACAAUGCAGCAAGAAAUGGGUAAAGGCAUUCCUCUUCACCAGGUACAGGGAGCGCUCUACACUGUGGAAUUUAAGGGUACUCGUUCAGAUACAUUCUAUGUAUCGGAAGCCGAUGCUUUAUCUGGACUUCAUCCAAGAUGUGGCGAUCUUGUCAUUGUGGAAGCUGACCGUGGUAAAGAUCUUGGUACCGUGGUGACCGAAAAUGUUUCCAAGGACACGGUUGAUAGCGUUGGCUCCAAAUCUAACUCAACUCGCGAAGUGUAUCCAAAACGCAUCUACCGUUUGGCCCAACCUCAAGAAGUAUCUCUACUCGCAGUCAAAAAGCAGGAUGAAGAAAAGGCACUGUUUCUUUGCCAAUCGAAGAUUGCUCGUCUCAACCUGCCAAUGGAGGUUGUGAGCGCUGAGUAUCAAUGGGAUCGACGAAAAUUGACCUUUUUCUUUAUUGCUGAUCGAAGAAUCGACUUUCGGGAUCUUGUACGUGAUCUCUUCAAGACGUAUAAAACCAGAAUUUGGAUGUGCGCCAUGAAGUCUGUAGGCGACUCACCGGAUUCUUGAGGAACUUUCCCUUCUCCUUUCCAACACAGCAACGCAGGAAAGUUCCAUAGAGUUUAGCUAGAGCAUACUGCAUAAUUUCAGUUGGUGGCAUUUGAACCACCCUUUUCCCAUUAGACUGUAGAAAAACUUACUCUUUUAUUUCCCUUUCUCUGUACUUUUCCCCCUCCCUCUUUUUGUUGCAAAAAGAAUAAAAAUAACAUAUGUGUACAUGGUAAUACAACGGAGAGCCAUCAUGUAAUGCAGCAUCUGCAGUUCAUGAUACUCUACAUGAUAACCAGUCUGUUACUGGCGUCUCCCCGAGCCUGAUAGUGGCUGCGUGUACCCCACAGAUUAGUUUUUAG